AUGACUCUAAAGGAGGUGGAGACCAUGAGGGCACUGGGGAACUGGUGCACAAUGCCAGAAAAUACCCAAGUUUAUGGAUGUUUUAAUUCAGUAGAAGUGAGUGGGCCUGGGACUCUGCAUUUUGACAAGCUCCAGGAAUUUACAUCUAUUCCUGUUAAAUGUCAUAUUGCUGCUUUGAGUUUGACAUUCUCUAAAGGCCCCGCGCUGCUCGGCGUGCAGGUAGCAGCCGCAGGCGAACCUGAGCGGACUGUGGCUGCACUUGGCCGAGUUGUCAGAGUCGGCCCGGAGACGCGGGGCUCAGGGGCAGAUACCCCGGCGGCCGGAGAGUCUUCGGGCCGAUGCGUCUGCAACCGGCGCCAGGACACGGGGAGGUGGAGCUGUGGCCCCGGACUCCACCAGGAGGAGCUGCUGGGGCUUGGGACGGACGUGUGGGGGAGAGGGUGUGUGUGCCAGUGCCAGUGCCGGCGCCUCGAGUUCAAUCAGGAUGGGGGGUCCCCUCCGAGGCCACCAGCCGGGCGGUUGAGCUCGCCGGGACGCGUUGGGGCCCCGGUUGCCGCCCAGGCUGGGGCCCGCAGCCGGCGUCCGCGCCGCCAGGCUCCCCGCCGCCUAGUCCCCGGACCCCCGACUUGGGUUUCGACGCCCCGCCGGUCGCAGAGGUUCGGGCCAGCCGGCGGCGACUCCAGCUGGGCGCCCUGGAAGACGCCGCGGGCAGCAGGAGGCCGUCGGGACGGGUCAGGAGUGCGGGCCUGGGGUCGACGGACGGGCACCGGGUCUGACAGUCGCCCGGGCUCCCGCGGACGCGCCGCCCUCCCGCCCGCCCUCUCCAGCCUGACUGCUCAGCCGCCGCUCCUCCUCCCCCUGCUGCUCCAAAACACCCGUGGACAACGCGAGCAGAAAUACAAUGCCGCCGCGCCCCGCCGCCCUGGACCUGUCUGACUAAGCGAAUGCCUAACACCCCCCACCCCCGGGGUUUUCGAAAGGGCAAGGACACAUGCUAAGCCUGGGAAC